UUAUAUAUUUGAGUAUUUGUGCCAGCGAUACUCCAACUUUCUCGUUCAAGUUUGGAUAUAAAAGUAAAAGUUAAGCGCAAUAAUUCGGCAGUAAAGACUGACUACUUCUGAACUUUCAGAAUUCCAGAAACGCUGUACGCCGAUAUUGAAAUUCGUACGUAUUGCGAUUAAACAGCUUUAAACAAGAUUCAGUUCCAUUCCAAGAUCCAUAUGUUCCCUGCCAAGGAUUGUCAAAGCAUUACUCAUAAUUAUUUGUGGAAUCUUUUAUAACGCUGUAACAACAACAACAAAAUACAGUACUUAUCUAACCGCCCUCGUAUGUGUAUGUGUAUAAUCACACAUUAUCGUCUGGCAUGAAUUGUUGUUUGUUAUGUUUACUUCAGUUGUGGACGUAGUCUGAUAGCGUGGGAUUAAGUUGUCAAUAUAAAAUGUAUGUACGCAAAGACAUUAUCGUGGAACGUAUAGGCGCCUAAGGAGUGAGACACUCAUUUCGCCAAACAGCUCAAAGCGGAUAUUUGAAAGUAAGCUUAAAAGCUUUUGAUAGAUGUCGAAGUAGUUUUUAGAGCAAUAAAUUAAAAAUAAUUUUUUGGAAAAAGAAAUUAUAGACUCUACCAAAAGACGCUGUACUUGCGCAGGCGCUGUAGGCAAAGGAUUGUACCUGAUAUAGAUUGCAAUAUUCUAUAGCACUCAUCUACGCUCAAUGAUAAUAAGACGAAUAUUAUUUGUACUUAAUUAUCUUAUUUUAACUAUAAAUGCUGUAUACAUUCCAACGCCAUUCGACUAAAGUUUCUGCGUAAUUUUAAAAUCAAGCUUGCAUAAUUAUGUAUACUUCACAUUCAGACAAACGAACAUCAAGGUUAUAUGAAGUAACUGAAGCUUCAACCAACAAUGAAUCUGCAGAAGAGAACCAACAUCAAAGAGAAACCAACUUUUGCUUUAGACUUAAUGCUCGAAUACCUGCUCGUUUGGUACUUUACUUUCUAUCAUGGUCUGGUUUUUUGGUUUCAUUUAUGAUGCGCAAUGAUAUCAACUUCGCCUUGGUCGCAAUGGUUCGUCCAACAGACGAGUUGAAUUCCCUUAGCACCGACGAUUCGAGCAGCAAAUCGUUUGGCGCCGCUGAAACAAAUGAAACAAGUAAACAAGAUUUUUUCAAUGAUGAAAAUACGCAUAUAUCUGUGAUAAACUCAACAAUGAACUCUGCUGGCAGUGAUGGUUUAUAUGAUUGGUCCCCAACCGUGAAAUCAGUAGUUGUAAGUUCUUUUUACUGGUGCUAUGUGUUGUCACAAGUUGUCGGCGGAAUUGCUACACAAUACUUUGGUACAAAACAAGUAUUUGGGUGGUCUCAAUUUGCUACAGCAUUAUGCAGUCUAGGCAUUCCCUUCGCUGCUGACUUACACUAUUCCGCUGUGAUAAUAUUACGUUCUGUACAAGGUUUCGCUUCUGGCUUAACUUGGCCCGCUAUGUACGCAAUAGUUGGCUACUGGAUACCGUUAGCCGAACGGUCUCGGUUUAUGUCCAGCUUUCAGGGCUUCAGCAUAGGUAUCGGUUUAACAUACCCUUUAUGUGGAUUUAUUAUUGAUAACUUUGGCUGGCGAUAUGUAUUUUUCACUACCGGCUCCUUAGGUAUGUUUUGGUGUGUAUUGUGGUAUUACUUAGCAUUCAACACACCUAAGGAGCAUCCACGUAUCUCUGCGCAGGAAAUUGAAUACAUUGAAGUGAGUGUUAGUUCCGAGGCAAAAGAAGCAAUAGGCAUGGACGUGCCAUGGAAAUCCAUUUUCACUUCUUUGCCCGCGUAUGCGAUUGGCAUAACUACAUUUGGUAGAAUAUGGAUUCAUUACAUAUUUAUUGUAUGCGGUCCAAAUUUUAUGAAAAAUAUGCUGAAAUUCAAUUAUAAAGCCAACGGUUUCCUCUCCGGAAUGCCAUUUAUAUGCUCCUACAUCUCGUCGGUUCUAUUUUGUUACAUUGCGGAUAAAUUGAUGCUAAAUAAUUGGAUGAGCCUCACAAAUGUUCGUAAACUUUUUACUGCCUUGUCGCAAGUGGUGCCCGGUAUUUUGAUUUACUGUAUUGGGUAUAUUGACGAAAACAUUGUGUUGCUAUUAGUAAUUUGGUUUGUGGCAGUUACAUUCAUAACAGCUUCAUAUGCUGGGGCAAUGGCUAACAUUGUUGAUAUUGCGCCGAAUUUGGCAGGACCGGUUCUUGCUUUUUGCCAAACAAUACAUAUGUCAGCAUCAUUCCUUUCUCCACUGGUUUCGGGUAUAAUUGUCACAAACGAGAGUUCCAUUGAACAAUGGCGCAAGGUCUUUGGUGUUUCAUCGGCAAUCGCAAUUUUAACAUAUGUCGUUUUUCAAAUCUACGGAACCGCUGAAAUUCAAAGCUGGAACUACCCACAGUCACGUAUUGACGGUACUGCAGAAGAGAGCCAAAUCCUUAAAAAGCGGAAAGAACAUAUACGGAAGGACGAAAUGUAGAUUAUCUAGUUAUAUUUGUACUUAACUAAGUUAAAGUUUUUUAUACAUCUCUUUUAAAUGUACGUUCAAAAACCUAAUAUCAUAAGAAAUGCUAAAUUUGCACUAAUA